AAAAGGAGACAAAGAGGCAUUCCUACCCAUCCCCCUCCUCACUAGUUCGGCCAGCAGCAAGGGAAAGGAGGAAAGAACCUCUACAACUUCAUCUCCAUAGCCCCAAAUCCGAACUCAAGCUCAAGGGAGUCCAAGAAGAAAGUUUAAGAAGGAAAAAGCUAGGAAAAAGUGUGAAAAUUAAGGAACUUGAUUUAAAGUAUUUUUGAGCUUCGCCGGAGUUUCGUCGGAGUUGGUCAAAGUUCGCCGGAGUUGGUCAAAGUUCGCCGGAGUUGGUCAAAGUCCAAUCGAGAAACGUAGAACGCGCUUAAGCUUAAUUAAGUUUCAGGUAGAACUUGAAGGUUGCUACCACCAGUCGCUGCUUCGGGAAGUUUCUGAGGAGAAGACUUGGUAUCCCCGUGUCCAUGGUGAAUGUGAAGGGCCUCGCUCGCCUGAAGAAACAGGACCCGAAGGGGUCGGGACAGGGCAACCAGAAGCCCGCCACUGCCCUCUUCAAGAAAGCCGAGGGCGAUGCCGCUGCCGGCAAGAGGAAGGCGGCGACCAAGGGGUCCCCCCCGGCUACCAAAAAGCCGAAGAAGGGGGAUAUCACCGAUAAGGAGCCCCUGGUCAUGAUUGUUGAUGAGCACCCCGCCUCCGGGGUGCAGGUGGAGAAGCCGUCGGGUGGAACGCCGGCGGGGGCAGAGGAGUUGCUGCCUGAGGUCCUCCAAGUUUCGUUUCCGAGGGGUACAUCUCUGGCCAGCGGCGCUGUCGACCCGGGGGCCAUCUUGAGGGGCAUAACCCCUGAGACGGAUAGGGCUGCCCUCGGGGCUUAUAAUGAUGCGGCCCUCGAGGACCACAUUCUUCGCUCCUCCCUCUCUGCUUGUCUAGCCCUCGGCGAACAGGCCCGGAGGCUUCAAGAAUGGCGCCUUCACAAAGCGGAGCAGGACGUCAAAAUGAGGGAGUGUAUCCUCAAGAACAAAGAGGCGGUGAAGCUGGGGGCCAGGCUAGAAGAGGAGCUUCGGCAGAUGAACCUCAAAUUGGAGGCUGCAGAAAAGGGCAAGGCUGAUGCUGAGGCCGCUGCUGAGGAGGCCAGGAGAGCUGUCAAAGAGGCCGAGGAUUCCAAGGCGUUAGCCAUCGCCAAGGCUCAGGAGGAGGCCGUUGACGCCUUCGUCGCCGAGGGUUGGAGAGCCGAGGGGCGCAAGAUGUGGGUGUCCUCGGUCGUGGAGGCAUGCGUUGAUGAAUGGGCCGAGGGCCCUGGGUGGGAAUGGAUGGCCCGGAAGGGCAGAGAAUAUUAUGAGGUCGGCGAAUUCUUCACCCAGGCCCUCAUCUAUCGGAGGAUGGCCCGACACUUGGGUAUUGAGCCAAAGGAUUUCACCCCCUCGGCAUAUGGCCUCCCUCCCCUGCAGCCUGAUGUCCGUGAAUCCCUUCCCGAAGGUGUACAACGACCCGACCUUGAGGACACCGAGCUGAAGAAAGAGGCCGAGGAUGACGCUGUCGAGGCCGGAGCGGAGGUUUCGUCGAGGCUGGCUGCAGAGGACGCCCCGGGGAAUGAUGCUGUCGAAGUUGUUGAGUGAUUUUAUACUUAGGAAUUUCUGAACAUAUUUUGUAAUGAACAACAUUGAUCCUUCGGCUUCGGCCUGUUUGUAAUUUUACACUCACUUUUGUUUUUGAUGAAUGCAUGCUGCCUCCGGGCUCUUCGCAUUUGAAUGCGCCCUAUGUUUUGAAUGUAUGCCUUCUCCUUUUUGAGUG